AUGUGUUUCAGAUGGGAAUAUGAAAUCGACUGGAUGGCAAUGAAUGGUAUCAACAUAGCAUAUGCUACUACUCCACAAGAGUAUGUGUGGAAGAAAGUUUUCCUUCAGCUUGGAUUUAAUGAAACAGAAUUAAACGAUUAUUUCACUGGUCCAGCCUAUCUAGCUUGGAAUCGAAUGGGUAAUUUGCAAAAGCAUGGAGGUCCAUUGUCUUCAUACUGGUUGGAACAACAAUUUAUUUUAUCAAAACAAAUACUCAGUCGAUUUGUUGAUCUAGGCAUCAUACCAGUGUUACCAGCUUUCAGCGGAUUUAUGCCCAAAACUGCACCAGUGUAUGUAUAA